AUGUCGACGACGCUCUUGCGCCCAGCGGCGUGCAGUGACCACCCGUUCGUAGCGAACAUGACGCUUGGCCCUCUUGCAAUCGAUUACGUCCACAUCCACUACUGCUCACUAUACGAUCUGCCUCUGCUUUCGUUCUCACUAUUGAUCGUAUGGCUCGCCGCGCUCUUUUACUUCCUUGGCAGUACAGCGGAUGGCUACUUUUCGCCAACGUUAGCAACUCUCAGUGAUCGCCUCCGGCUUCCUCACGAUGUUGCGGGUGUCACGUUCCUGGCCUUUGGCAACGGAGCACCUGACGUGUUUUCAGCUAUUGCAGCGUACGGCUUUGGUGUGAGUGAGACAGGGAUCAAUGAGCUACUAGGAGGAGCGAUGUUCGUCUCCACGGUCGUCGUAGGCGGCGUAGCCAUGGCUAGUGCCGUAGAGGUGCAGCGCUGGGCGUUUCUACGCGACGUGGGGGCGCUCCUCACCUCGCUGCUGUUGUUCCUCCUGCUCGCUGUACGCAGCGGAAAGGAAGAUAUGUGGAGUACAGCAGUGUCAGCUGUCACGCUGUUGGCGUUGUACGGGACAUACGUCGGCAGUGUCGUCCUUUCAGCCUGUGUGGCGAGGUACAAAGCAGCUCCCAACGAUAUUCGUGGCGACGAGUUGGUAGGCAAGUCAACGCUGAUGAUCAAAGCGUUUUGGCACGCGCUCUCGCCAAGAGGGAAUGAUGCAAAAGGAGUGAAGAGGCCUGGGCAGCCUGAGCACGAAUAUGCAUUUGUGACGGGGUCCAAUGCUGAGCCAGAUACCGAGAGCGUAGCGGAUAGCUAUCGUGCAGGGAUGCCGCAGGAGCUUGAGAAACUCGGGAUGUCUUCGUUUGGUCCAUUGGCAGGUCCCAGGUUUUCCAGUCGAGUGUAUAAUGACCACUUUGACGUUGACGAGAGUGAGUCGUUGUCGUCUCCGCUCAUGGCCGAAAGCGAGCGCGAUGCCGUUGAUGAUGGUAAGCAAAUGCUUCCAAAGUGGCAGCAGCACAUGCGCUGGAGAUGGCGCUUGAAGCGUCGCGUCGUUCGGAUAUUUACGAGCGACAAGCCGCUUGUGGUGAAAGUGCUUUGCAUCCCACAAGCGGCACUUUUCUUGUCCGAGACAUCACCAUUCCUCUCUUCGAUGAUGAGUCAUGGUCGCGUCCGAGAGCGUAUUCUCGCUCCGCGUACCGCUGUGGCAAGCACUCCACGAUCGUGGGGUGGCUUUGUAGGUGGCAUCGUCGCGCUCUGUACGCACCGGUCGCAUGCGCCGCGUUCAUUCAAAUCGUCGAGCCUACUACUUUCCCUGGCAUUUGUGGCUUGCGUGUGCUGGAUUUAUGCCGUGGCGAAUGAGCUGAUGGCGUUGCUGGCUGCAGUGGGCUAUAUCACGCAUGUCAGCAACAGCUUCGUGGAACUGACAGUGCUUGCAUGGGGGAAUUCGGUAGGCGAUCUCAUCACGGACGUGUCCGUGGCUCGCGCUGGGUUUUCGCAAAUGGCUAUUGCCGGAUGUUUUGCUGGCCCAGUUUUCAACAUACUGCUCGGGUCUUCCUCUUUGUUUCGCUCACUUCGACACUGUUGGUCUUCGGCCACUACAAGUACCGCUGUCCGGUGUGGUACGGCAAGCUUCUUAUCGCUUACUACUGCGUCUGAUAAACCCAUGAAUUUGAUUGUGGCACUUCGUGUGGGGCCGAUCUAG